CGUCGCUGGUGGCCGGCUGAGUUCCAUGAUUGGGCGGGUGUGCGAACAAAUGAGAGGGCGAUGACGAACGUUGCGCUCUCUGGAAGGCCUGCAGAAUUUCUGACCCGCGCGUCCAAAUGCUCCCCCUGGCGGUGUUCUGCGAUAUCUCUCGCGCUCAUAAAGAAACGUCUAGACGGGGGAGGACGGUCGAUCACGGCGGGCUUCUGGCGGGUGCUUCCCGUGGCAAGCCCACGAAAGCGUGGGUCACGGGAAGCGCCCGCCUCAGGCCUUUCAGGCAUCUGAACCCUCAGGCCGCAAGCCUCACACUUCGGCGGCUCCGAGAACAAUGUGGACGCAAAUAGCGACGGGUUUCACAUGCCCUGGUACAGGACGUCAUAUCCGGCCGCGCCCUUGGUAGCCCUGCAGGCUAGACAGCAUAUCUCUCAUGAUGAUAGGGAACAAAAUUGGCCAGGUACAUGUGCUAAGGGCGGACAAGACGUCGGUCUGCAGGAGAAGGCCCGCUCUCGUCCGUCGGACAGACGUGUCUGCACAAAAACGAGGCGAUCGUCCACGUCCGCCCACAUUGACAUCGGCGCGCGUAUUCAUAUUCUACGAGGAGACAUAUCCGCGGGAUCGCCCAUCCAUGCGAGUCGACGAUCCUCCGGAUCUGAGCCCGCAGUGCCCGCUUGGACAACAUCGAGAUCCGGGGUUCGGAGUCAACGGACUCACCUCCGGCCACGCUGCUCCUCGCUGCCAGUGGCGACAUUCACUCUACACAAACAUAUUCUCUUAGGUGACUCCAUGGACACACCAAACGUCGGACUCCUCGCAAGCAGGCUCCGAUGCCGUCCUAGCAACAUACCUCUACAUAGCACUCCGUCAUCCCCAAACGCUCAAAAUGAACGCGAGGGAGGCAUAGCCGCGGCCGCGAUGCGCACCUGAUUGAUUGAGCAGCGCGAGCAAACGCAGCAUCCGCUCCGUCCCGCCGGUAGCUGCGUUCGUCCCGACUCCGAGCCGAAGCCAAUGGAACGUUGCGCAACCACCGCCAGCUCGCUACAUGGUCACUGCUAUCGUAUCGCCAUGCCGUCCAAGUAGGAGCGCGCACGCGUCUUGCCCGAUCUGGCGCGCCGCCGAUCGCGAUCAACACUGAUUCUGGUAUGUACAGCAAGUACCUAAGUAAGUACAGCCAGUUGUAGGUGUAUGGCACCGUCAGACUCGG